UGUUUUCAUUCUCGAUUGUUCGAAUCGGUUUCCACCGCAUUAUAAAAAGCAAUCUAAACCAGUGAAGUCGAAAUUGAACAAUAAAUAAUCCUCCCGAUUUGCAGGCGCGACAGCGAACGUGAAACUGUGCAAAUUUACGUUGCAGCCAAAGUGAUUCAAGUGUCUCGUGUAUAAAAGCUCAAAAUGGCAUCCAAGGAGGAGGAGAAUCUUCCAGAGAACAAGAAACUUGCCCGCAAAGAGAAAGAGCUAGGAAACGAAGCCUACAAGAAGAAGGAUUUCGCGACCGCUCUGAGCCACUACAAUGCGGCCGUCCAGCAGGAUCCCACGGAUAUCACAUUCCACAACAAUAUUGCCGCAGUGUACUUUGAGCAGAAAGAGUUCCAGAAAUGUAUCGCCGAGUGCGAAAAGGCUGUCGAAGUGGGGCGUGAGAACCGUGCGGAUUACAAGCUGAUUGCGAAAGCUUUUACGCGAAUCGGGAAUGCCUACCGGAAGAUGGAAGAUUACAAAUCGGCCAAGACGUAUUUUGAAAAGAGUCUUUCCGAGCAUCGAACACCGGAUGUGAAAGCGCUGCUGAGUGACACGGAGAAGAAAAUUAAGGAACAAGAAAGACUGGCUUACAUAAACCCGGCGAAGGCGGAAGAGGAGAAAGAGAAGGGUAACGAGUUUUUCAAAAAGGGCGAUUACAGCGCGGCGGUCAAACACUAUACGGAAGCUAUCCAACGUAAUCCGGAAGAUGCUAAGUUGUACAGCAAUCGAGCAGCUUGCUACACGAAACUGGCCGCUUUUGACCUCGGUCUCAAGGACUGCGACACUUGCGUCAAACUAGACGAAACCUUCAUCAAGGGCUGGAUCCGCAAGGGGAAAAUUCUGCAAGUCAUGCAGAAACCGUCCGAAGCUCAUACCGCCUACCAGAAAGCGUUGGAAAUCGACCCGAAUAACGCCGAAGCACUGGAAGGUUACCGAGCCUGCACGAUGGCAGUCCACUCCGACCCCAAAGAAGUCUGGAAAAAGGCCAUGAACGAUCCGGAAGUGCAGCAAAUUCUUAAGGAUCCCGCCAUGCGUUUGAUCCUUGAGCAGAUGCAGAACGAUCCGAAGGCCGUUCAAGAGCAUCUGAAGAAUCCUCAGGUGGCAUCGAAGAUUCAGAAACUGCUCGAGUCGGGCAUCAUCCAAAUCUACUAAGGAAGAACGAGUUCCAAUUGGUUUGGGUUUACGCUAGCUAGUGUGUUCAAAGGUGUCCGGCAUUCUAGUAGAUUGCCGACAGGAUCAGCAAAUAAGCCAGUCGCGCCUGAAUCUGCUCCAGGCAGUUAAGUUAGUUCCCAUCAUUUUCUUUAUCGAAUUACUUUACAAUGCGGUUUUUAAGAAUUCCCAAUAAGCUCCGUUUGGAUCGAGUACUAUGAACUCAAACUACCAUUAAAACCGGAAAAUUGCUUAGAUAUAAAACACAUGGAAACCAAUAUGCUUAGCAGAUUUGCAGAACAAUACCAACUAACUGACAAAACUUUACAAUUAAAUUACCGCGAAUGGAUGCGAAAUGAAACAAACAAAAAAAAUGCCUAGGUAAAGCGAACAAAAUCAUUACACUAUACUACUACAAUUUGAAGAGGGACAACCGAAUACAAUGCAUAGUUACAAACUAGCCUGUAAACAAAAGUAAUAUUGAAAUAAAGCUAGGUCUAUUAACAAAUGGAAA